AUGGCGACGACUAGCACCCAGACGAAACCUUCCAAGCAUUCCCGGGAAGAGGAAAUGGAGGAAACCCCGUUGAAUUGCCAGAUCCCAGUCCCUAAGCCAGCCAUCUACCCCAAUGAGAUGUACCUUUGUCGACGAGAUGAGUAUCACGACAUGAUCAAUCAUCAUAAAGCUGUAUUUUACACCCGCGCCACCCCCAGAGCUGCAGAGGUGACGGUCGGCCAUGCUCUUGAGUCGGUCUUUGUUCGGGUGAGAACAUGGGCAACCAUGUGGGGAAAGGGAGAGUCACUCUCUCAUCUUGCGGAUUCGGAUAAAAAGGCGAUUAUCGCCAGCCUGGAUGAAUACUGUGUCCAGGAAGACUGGGAUAGCAUCCUUCUCAGCCUCCCUCCUGCCGCUCGUGCUAAUUUCGGAUUGAUCCUGGUUGAGACAAUGCUGAACCAAUUCAUCUGUACCAAGUUCAUAGAUUCUCCUUUCUGGUUCAUGGACGGAAAGAUCAAUGCCACCGAUUCAGAGCCCCAGUCUGACUUCCACAAGAGGUUCCAGUACGUGUACGAGAGGCUCCUACAAGUUUCCCGCGAGGAUGCAGCGUGGUGGAAAUCCAUCAUUGUUGGAAAGCUCAACGAUGAACCCUGCGUGAUGAACAACAUCCCACCCACUCCAGUCGGCCGCAACACAAUUAAACAUCGCACGGCGCUUGUGAAGACUUACACUGAUGAGUUGAUGCGUUCCCGGCUCUUCCAGCUCUUGCUUCGGGAUCCAGUGACCAAGUACAAGAGAUCCCAGCGCAAGAGUAGUCUGCGUUUACUCCUCGAAUCUGCCGCUCAAACCGUCAUUCACGGCGAUGGUGGUCUCUACGGUAAUAUGAACAUUGUGCGACUGCCAGAUCUUCCGAAAUUCAACCACUGGUCGGGCCAGAUGAUCGUCCAUCCCUUCCACGCAGGAUUUGAACCCGUUGAAGGCAGUCGGGUUUUGAUUGUGACGCGGCCAAGCUAUAGCUACAUCGACAUCAUCUCCCUCAAACACUUUUGUACGGUGCCCCCAUGGAUGGUGAACCGUGCCGAAGUACUGGUGGCAGCCAAGGGGAGAAAAGCCCGGGCACUAUGGGCAGCUGCUGCUGUCAGCAAUGACUGCGAGGACACCGUUGGAAUGGACAAGGAGGAAGGAGAGAGCCAGGAAGAGGAUGACACGGAGGAGAAUGCUGAUCCGGUCAGGGAUCUUCCGCCCCUACGAGAGACCAUCUGGCGGCAGUAA